UGGUGUUUUUUUUUUUUUUUUUGGAUAGACUAGUGAGAUUACCGUGGCUAUUUAUUGCUUUUUGGAGCUUGGUCAUUGUUUUGUACACGACAGAUGUGAGUUCCUGAACAGUUAGACUUGUGAGAUUGGGGGGAUGAAACAGAGAACCAUGAAGCUGGAGGUGCCAGAAAGCUUUGAAGAUGUUGCUGUUGAGUUUUCAGGAGAGGAGUGGGAGAUGCUGAGUAAACCAGAGAAAGAGCUACACAGAGAAGUAAUGGUGCAAAACUUUGAGAACAUGGUUUCUAUAGGUUACAGCAUCCCAUUGGAACACCUUCUGUUAUUAAUUGAGAGAGAUGAGGAGGUGUCGUGUAAGGUUACUGAAGGAGUAAGGUUGGUGCAGCAGGAGUUUCCUGAUGGCAGUUACAAUAUCCCAGUGGAGCACCUGCUGUUAUUAAUUGAGAAAGAUGAGAAGGUGUCACGUAGCGAUACUGAAGGAGGAAGGUUGGAGCAGCAAGACAUUCCUGAUGGCAUCUACAGGAAUGCUAAUUUCAGUGAGAUUCAGAGUCGACCUUCAUUACAUGGAAAAUGCCAUAAUUCUGAAUAUGACAAAGCUUUGCCAGAUAAUUUGCCGGUCACAUUACAACAUGGCCUUGUACAGACUGAAAACAAACUCCAUACCUAUGCCAAAAGUAACGUGUUUAACAGAAAAAGUGACCUAGGGAUGCACCUUGGAAUGCAUGGAGGGAAAAAGUCAUGGAAUACCCUUAAACCCAGCAAUGCAUUCAGACUUCCUAGUGAUGUGUUAGUUCACCGCAGAAACAGACAACAAAAUAUUAUGGCAACACAUGACCAAAUCAGUACCAAAACGGAGUAUAAAUAUACCAUUUAUGACAAGUGUCUUCCAGAUAAAAAUAAAAACAAUUUAUCAUUGGAUCAGAGAAUUCAGAACCAAGGGGGAAAACAAAAACCUAUUGCAUGUUACACAUGUGGCAAAACUUUUAUGUAUAAUAAACAUCUGGUGGCACAUCAAGCAGUUCACACUAAGCAGAAACCUUAUAAAUGUACCAAAUGUGGUAAGGGGUUUUCACUAAAGGGAAACAUGAUAAAGCAUCAGUAUAUCCACACAGAGCUAAAACCAUAUAUGUGCCCCAUAUGUAAUAAGGGCUUUACACAGAAGGGUAACAUGUUAGUGCAUCAACAUGUUCACACUGGACAGAAACCUUAUAAAUGCACCAUGUGUGAAAGAAGCUUUGUACAGAAAAUCAGUUUAACAAAACAUCAUUUAGUCCACAGUGAUGACCAUCCAUUUAAAUGUGUCAUUUGUAACAAGGGUUUUAAAGAUGAGAGAAAUCUGGCAUAUCAUCAGGCUAUUCACAGCAGACAAGAACCCUAUAAAUGCACCGUGUGUGACAAGAGGUUUACAAGUAAGACAUGUUUAACUUCACAUCAAAGUGUCCACACGGGACAUCAAAAUACUGACACAGGUGUGAAAUCAUAUAUGUUCCCUGAAUUUGAUAAGUGUUUCUCAAGUAACAAUUAUUUCAGUGAUCUGAUGCUGCAUCAAAUUGACAUGGGAAAGGGGUCCAUUCCUGUCAAGGUAUGUAAAAAACCUAACCAUUCGGAGACAUCAAAUCAAUGUCCUGUAUGUAGUAAAAGUUUUUCACAUAGUAAUAGUAUGAUGCGCCAUCUGUCCAUUCACACACAAGAAAAACCAUAUAACUGUCUUGAAUGUGGUAAGGGUUUUUCACAGAGUAGUGAUUUAAUGCGGCAUCAGUCUAUUCAUACGGGGUUAAAACCAUAUAAAUGUCCUGAAUGUGGUAAGUGUUUUUCACAGAGCAGUCAUUUGAUAUGCCAUCAGUCUAUUCAUACGGGGUUAAAACCAUAUAAAUGUCCUGAAUGUGGUAAGUGUUUUUCACAGAGCAGUGAUCUGAUGCGGCAUCGGGCCAGUCACAUGGGGUUAAAACCAUAUAAAUGUCUUGAAUGCAGUAAGUGUUUUUCACAAAGCAGUGAUUUAAGGCGGCACCAAAGCAUUCACACUGGGUUAAAACCAUAUAAAUGUCCUGAAUGUGGUAAGUGUUUUUCACAGAGCAGUCAUUUGAUAUGCCAUCAGUCUAUUCACAUGGGGUUAAAACCAUAUAAAUGUCCUGAAUGCAGUAAAUGUUUUUCACAGAGUAGUGAUCUGAUGCGGCAUCAGGCCAGUCACAUGGGGUUAAAACAAUAUAAAUGUCUUGAAUGUGAUAAGUGUUUUUCACAGAGCAGUGAUUUAAGGCGGCACCAAGCCAUUCACUCUGGGUUAAAACCUUAUAAAUGUCCUGAAUGUGGUAAGUGUUUUUCACAGAACAGUCAUUUGAUGUACCAUCAGUAUAGUCACACAAGAGAAAAACCGUACAAAUGCACUGAAUGUACUAAGUGUUUCUCACAGAGCAGUGACUUGAUACGGCAUCAAGCCAUUCACAUGGGAUUAAAACCAUAUAAAUGCCCUGAAUGCAGUAAGUGUUUUUCACAGAGCAGUCAUUUGAUGUACCAUCAGACUAUUCACGCAAGAGAAAAAAAACAAAAGCAGCACUUAUAAAAGGAAAGCCACAUCACCAAGAUAAUAAAAAUCUGAGACAGGAAUGUGAUAUAAUGGAACUUGAUCAGGAGUGAUCAUAUAAAUAACUGGGAAUAGAUGAAGAAUCAGCAGUAAAACAUGAACAAAUGAGAAUAAAGCUCAGUAAGGAAUACUUAAAAAGACUAAAGCUGAUAUUGAAAAAUGCCUUGAUAUCUAGGAAUAAAGUUGAACCUAAAAAUCAGUUUGCUGUCACUGUUCUAACUGGCAGCUUUGGCUUGACUGACUAACCACAAAACACACUGAAACAAUUAGACAAGAAAAUAAGAAAAAUGAUUCAUGUUUAUCAAAGAUCAAUUAUGGUUAACAUCAAGGAAUGAAGCAGUGCUAAUUUCAUUGAUUUUAAUUAUGCCCUGACACAGGAAUGGGGUCUAUUCCCAUCAAGGUUUGUUUAAAAAAACAAAAACGAAAAAAAAAAAACUAAGCAUUUGGGGAAAUAAAACCAUCAAAAACCCUACCACUGAUCCAUAUGCGACAAACUUUUACAUCUAAAAGAAAUAUGAUUGCAUAUCAAAGAAGUCAUGCAAACAGCUCAAUAUACAAGGAGCUGAGAAGUGCUGGGAAGUUGAAUAACAAAGAAUUACUCUUCAUGAUGAAGUAAUGAUGCCUUGGUAUACUUCUGAACUGAAAGUUAAACAAAAAACAGGAUACAAAACGUAAUGUACUCUAAGAAAAAAGAACAGCAGCAGUAUUAAUUACUGAAGUCGCUAAAAACGGUGUAGUGACUGACGUAAAGUUUUAAAGUGUCAAAUCAUGCAAGUAAAAGCUAAAGUAAUGGGGUACAAGGACCCCCAAAUAUUUCCAGUAGCAAUAGAAACAACUGGGCUAAUAAAAAUAACUUUCCAAGCAUACCUGAAUUUGCUACCAGUACAGGUAGCCCUUACGAACUACAGAUGAAGACCGUUCUGGGUAUGUUGCGAGUACAGAAAAUGGCCUGCUUGGUAAUCAUCAAAAGAAGUAGUAAUACUGAUUUUAUGCAUUUUAUCUGUACCCUGGUUUGGAAAGGGCAUCCAUCUCUGUCAUAUUGUCAUCCACUCUGAACACAUGAAGAAAUUUAGGAAAGGCAGGAACCCUAGACGUGCACCAAUUGUGGUAAGGGAUAUACACAAAAUGAUACAGGGCAGAUCACCAGUAUGGACUCAUUAGACACAAGUUGUUUUAAAGGCAUACUUCAUAGGAGAAACAAGUAAAUUAAUGAAACAAGGAAAUGACGAAAUAUCAGUUUGUUACUCAGUUAAAAAUACAUUAAUUUUCACGGUAUGGCUAUACUGGAAGGGUAAGAAAUCUGCCAUAGACAAAUUGUCAGAAGUCACAGAUAAUGGAUUAAAUUAAAAACCUUCACUAUCUGGACAAAGAAAUAAAACAUUUCAACCAUGGAAGUGCUAUUAAAGUAAGGAUAAAAACUGCUAGAAAUUCUAAUCCAAAAGGAAGAAGCAUAGAAUCCGAAAAGGCAGAUACUUCAUAUGGUCUGAUGUGUAUUCAGAAAAGAAAGCUGUGUUAACCAGUAUGACCAUUAAAUUUCAAAGUUAUUUGAAGAUGUAUAGAAAGGUACCAAAACAUAGCAACUUUAUGUGCAAAUACACACACACACACAAAUGAAACCUGUUGAAAAGUGAAUAAUACUCUGAUAAUUCAUAAAGGAAACAGACUAGAACUGAGGUGGUAAUCAGAAGAAUGAAGGUGUCAGUGUGAAGCCUUAGAUCUACAUAACUUCCCAAUAUGAUUCAUAAAUGCUGAAGAAAUACCAUAAGAGCCAAACAGUAUACUGUUUCUAAAAGUAUGCCACAAAGUAAAAUUAACAGAACCACUGAAAGAAAGGUUAGUUUAAAACCUAGCUGUGGUUAUGCAGAGGGGAAGAGCAGACAAGAGAGAUCAAAGAACAACUUCUUUGCUAAGAUAAGGAUUGUCUAAGUGAAAACAUCCUUGACAUAAUACAAAUAGCCAGCUAUAUUAAUAUGCAUAAGCAGAAGAGGAAUAUAUAAGUGUAGACCUCUUUGAUGUAAUAGCAAUGUGUAGAUAUACUAAUGUACAUAAGCAAAAAAGACAAUAGAAAAUGUAAGAGUGCAUAAUGUUAUAAUUCAGUAAAAAAGAUGUGCACAGUAAUUGGAGCCAUUAACAAAGAGCCAUAUCUAUCCAUCCAUCCGUCCAUUCACUACCCCUUUUUCCAUUUUUCCACAUAGGGUCAGGGUGUCAUGUAAAGAAUAAUAAAAGAAUGGUACACAUAGAAUGUCACAUUGGAAAGAUGGUCUAAAGAUUACUUUUAAGUCAAAAACAGACUGUAAUUACCAGAAUAAUCUAGAAAAGAGAAUAGAGCAUAGAAAGUUUUUAGAAAAAUGUAACAAAAGAAGCAGUCAGUAUUAAAAAUAGAUCUAUGCUAUAUGAUUUAUAACAACUAAUUAAAAAAUUCACCUCAGGCAGAAAAGCUUCAAAGUUAUGUAGAAAAGUGCAAACAGUACAGUGUAAGCAAUUUAUUGAAAUUAAUAUAAUUUUAUAGGUACCUGUGCUUUUAAAGAAAACAAUAUUAACUAUACAACCCAUAAUAGAAGAAAUUAAUAAAUUCUGGAGAACCAUGUGUGUAGUUUAAUGUUAAAAAUAAUAGAAAUAUCAAAUGGAUAAAUACGUUAAAAGGAACGUUAAGAAUGACUAAUACAGAUGAUAUAAAAUGGGAAGGAUUGUCAGUGAGACAGAGACAAAAUUAAGAAAGGAUACCAAAUAGCCCCCUUCUUCCAGGUCCAGAUGGUGUUGAAACCUCUAGCUCGUUAUUGAUAUCUGUGCAUCAUCAUCAUCAUCAUUUGGAUGUCUCUUAUCUUUGUGCACAAACUAAACUAAUAGCAGGGAAAACUAUCCUCUUCCUUAAAAGUGAACCUGCAAGCUGUCCUAGGAAUUAUCACCCAGUAAUAUGCCUCCCAGUAAAACAAACUGUUAUAGGUAGUAUGCAAUAAUUUAAGCCAAAACUCAACCAUGACUGCAGAAUCAUAAGAUAAUAGGAAACAUGCAUAACCAAACAGCAUUUCAUGCUAAAUAAAGCCAUAACAGUGGGCUUCACACUGUAAGGACCAUGAUCAUGUUCCUUGGAAUAUCAUGAAAUUAAAGUGCAAAGCAAGAUAAAUAUGUACCAAGUCCAAAGGUGUACGGUCUGACUAGUCUCCUUACUCUGGGUUACAAUGAUUCAAAGUUAUUAUAGUAAUAGUGUGAUAGGGUAAGGGGUGGUGAAAGUUAGUGUUUUCUUUUCUGACUUUUAAAGUAUCAGUAUUCAUGGAAUCAUGUAUCUCAUUGGUUGGGAGUUCAGAACAGAAGUCUAUUAGAAGGGAUGGCAUCUCAUUAUGGCACAACCAAAUUAUAGAAAAGCAUUUCAUCAUAUUACACAUUGUUGGAUUAUAGAAUGCUUACAUAUAUGUUAAGUAAAUCAUACAGUCAUAGAUAAUAUUGUAAUUACUGUGAAAAAAGUGGUGUAACAUUUUACUGCCAAGCAGUCAAAAAAUGGCAAAUUACUAUCCCAGGUAUAAGAAUCCAGUGAGAAAGAUUUUAAGUUUAAGGUUAUUCAUUAUCAUUUGUGCUGUGUUUGUCAAACCCUAAACCAGUUAAGCUAUAUAGUUAACAAAUUAGAUUAUGUUUUCUUGAAGUAAACUUGAAUUUAAAAAUGUCAGAUUGCCUCUCUCUUUCUUUUAUUGAAUGAUCUAAAACUUACAGCAGAUAUAAAGUAUAUCCCCAAAUGGUUAAAAGCUUUUUCAGAGAAUAUAUAAUUUGGCUUUGACAAAGGUCAAAAGCAUCAUUUAUAGCUGGAAAAUUGAAACAUGGAAAAAAUGUCAACCUGGGAGAGAUAUGCGAGAAAAAAUGGAACUCUGGGUUAUAUGACUAUAGUGGAAUAGAUGAAGAGUGAGCUGUACAGUGUAGACAAAAGAGACCAAAUACUUUACAGUCUUUCAAAUGCUUGAAGCUAAAACCAAAAACUGUACUGACUUGUGGGAGCAAAGUCCAAACUAAAACUCUGGUUGCCUUCCCUACGCUAACUUACAGCUUUAGUGUUAAAAGCUGGUCCUAAAAAUGUUGAAUCUGAAAUAAAAGCAAGAAAGGUAGUUACUGCUUAUCAAACAUCAUAUAAAAAUAAUUGUAUAGUAAUACGAUAUAUAUUCUCAUUCUGAAGGAGGUAUGAGCCUCCUUGAAACUGGCAAUGGGUGUGCAACGGUAAUCAUAUUUGUAAAAGAUGUGCUUGCCGUUCCACACACAUUGCCAGUUUUAAGGGGGCCCAUGGGUGUGAAACUGCAAGCACAUUUAUUAAAAUAUUCAGAUUCAAAUACAAUGAAAGUGUAUACAUUUGUCAGAAGAAGCAUUUCAGAAAGGGACAGAUAUGGAAAUGAAGUAGACAAAAAAACAGUGGUGAUGGAAAGUGAUAGAAAUCAAAAGAAAGACUACACAAACUGUGACCAGAAAGCAAUAAAAGGAAAUUAGAAAGCCUACAACUAUCACAGCAAGUAAAACAAACAUAAUAGCUGUACAUUGAUCAAGAUAUGAUGCAAAAAUGAUUAAAGGGAGAUGAUUUUAAACCAAAAGAUGAAAUGUUAUAAUGGCAACUCAAGAAAAUACAGUGGUUCAUAAAAUACAUGGAAACAGUGAGGGUUCUGAAAAUCAACAAGUUCUCUAAUAUAGAAAUAAAAACAUGUCCACAUAGUGUUGCAGGCAGUAAUAUACAUCUGCCUAAAACAAUAAUGUGACAAAGCUGAUACAAUGAACACUGAGCAAAGUUGAUGUAGCAAGCAUUACAGUUACAAGUACUCAGAAACAACUGAAAACAUAAUCCUGGAAAUGAUGACUUAAUCAUGUGGGCUAUCCAGUAUUGGAUUUUAAGCAAGGACAGCAAAAACCCAGAUAAGUAUAGUUGAAAAAAAAAAAAAAGAGGACAAAAAUAGCUACAUACAUGCAUACUUUCUACCUUUACUCUCCAAAAUGAGGAACACUACCUCUCAUAAUGUGAAACAAAUGGGCAAAAUGUGGAACAGUUACUAACAGCUUACUAAGUUUCAUCUUGGAAACUCAUAGAAAGGUUAAAAUAUGACAUUUUAUUAAAGAAUAACUCUUUUAAUGAAUUAAUAUGAUUCAGUUCUGUUUACCAUGGAUAUCAUUUUAAAAAAAUUGCUAACACUGAAUGUGUGGCAGACCCUUUCAACGUGGAACUUCAAAGAGCAUGAACUUUUUAAGACCCCAAAUGAGAAAUGUUCCUUUUAAUGAGGUACACUUGAGAAGUGUGCUUACAAAACAUGGGAGAAACAAGAUACCCAGAUAGUUCCAGUAGUGCAGGAAACAAUUAGGUUCAUAAAAAUGUCCACGCUUAUUUCAACAUAAUGCCAAUAUCAAUACCCCCAGUGAAUGAUGGAAGGAAGCAAUUCGUGAUAUGUUGUGCAUGGUAAGACCUGCACUCUUGACAAAUAUCAGAGACAGGGCAGUAAUGAUUUUAAGCAGCAGCCAUACAAUUCUGCUGUAUGUGAUAAAGGUUUUAUACGGAAAGAUAAAAUGGUAAAGCACCAGUCUGCUGACCAGAUUAAACCAGACUAAAUCUCUAUAAAUUUAUUGUGAAGCAAGAUUGUGACAGAACACUAUAACAGUAAAAGCUUGAUUAGUCAGCAAUGGACAGCAGGUACAUUUGUGACUACAGUGUCUUGCCCUGCAUGCAGGGAGAGAAAAAAAUAUUGGAAUGUGCAACAUACAGUGAGACAUGUGGAGCAAGAACUCUGACUGGCCUUUGGAACUUAUCAGUUAAAAAAAAUGAUUUUAUUGAGUAAUUGUGUCCAAUUCUGCUUUAAAAAAAAAACUUUAGAAGAGGGCUACUCUGGAGGCUGCGCUUAUAGUAACAGGAGCAGUCUUGGUGUACUGAUAUCAUGAAUUUUAAGAAUCACCUCCACUUUUGCCAAAAAAGAAAACAUUUGGAAAUUUGGGCAUAUUGUCAUUUUUUUUUCAUGUAGUGUAUAUGCAGAAAAGGAAGUUGUACUAAUUUUGAGUACAGUAAACAAGAUAUUUGUGGUUGUAUAAAAACAUCUUGAUUUACUUAAUAAACUUAAAAAAAAUCUAAGAAUAUUUGACAUGGCUCUAAUUAAAAUAAAAUGGUUUAUUAGUUAAUAAAAACAUUACAAGUAAUUGCUAUGCCACUCCUAACUUACAGCACUGAUACCUUAUAAUGGCCCACCAAAUGCAACAAGGUCCAACAAUAGUUCACCAAAGGAAGUUUUAGAACCUUGGCAGCAGCAGUCAUUCAAAGACCAAGACUGAGCCAUUUAAGGGGAAGGAGAGUACGAAGAACGAGUUACAGAAAUUAAGACACAAACAAGGAAGUACAUGGGAGGUUGAAAUGAGUUUAAUAGAACAAAUAUAAGGUAGUGCAUAGUGUGAGCAAGAAAAGACUUAAUCUUGCAAUUAUAGUAGUGUGUACAUGUGGUAGUUGGAACAAUUUGGAAGUUCCCAAGUAACAUUACAGAGGUAACAGAAUGCAGUGCUGUAAUAGCAUAUUGUGUACUACCAGAAAAACAUAAGAAAAAAGAAAACAGAUACAACACUGUCAAAAAUUAUAUCAAGAAACAGCAGUAAUGCUGGAGUUAAUAGUAGUGUCUGUAGUGGAAUAAUAAAUUAAAUGAUGAAAAUUUAAGAAAGAACGAAGCAUUAAAACAAAACCAGUAUUAAAAUAGAUUAGGAUUUGUGCUAUGUCAUUUCUAACAACAAGCUAAACAUUAUUGAUCUGCCUAGGAAGUUUAUAAGCCCUGCCAUUCAUUUACAUACACAACUGCAAACAAGUAUUUUUCAUUCUGUGUUUAAUACACUGCCAUUCAAGAACACUGUUCAUAAAUGUAGAUGGUGGGGUAUAAUAUCUCCCACCUGUUCUUUAUGAAUUGUGCACAAAAGCGCAUAAUACACACUGGUUUCCUAAGUGCUCUGCUACCCUAGUCCUCCUUGAUCUCAUAUAGUCCACCAACUUCUCUUCUGUGUAGUGUAAAAGUUAUCACAGAGGAUUAAGGCUAUGAGCUGGUAAACAAGCAGUGUCCUGUAAUCCAGGGUUUGAUUCCCUCAGCCUCCAUUUGUCUGUGGUGUGAUUCUGAGCAAGUCAUUUAACCAGACAAUGCUUUGGGGCAAUUGGGAAGUUAGUUUGGGUUGUUUAAUGGUUUCCUGGCCCACAUUCCUAGCUGAAUGUGGAGAAAGCAGGGGAAACACUAUGUAUUGAGAUGUAUAUUAUGUUUCUGUAUUGUGACGUCUUCAGUCAACCCUGUGAGUUAUUCAUUAAGUCUGUUUCACUUAUUAGGCAUGAUGGCAGAGAUAGAGUUAUUAUGAUAAUAUGGUAAUGUAGGGGAUCUAAUGCUGUUUGAGCUCCUGUUAUGACAGACAUGCCUGCACCACAGAGAACUGCAUUGCCAGUAGGGGGUUUCUAACUUGCAAAGUUUUUUUUAUUCAUUCAUUCAGUUAUCUGAUUGAUUUAUAGCACUGUUAUGUUGAAGCAAAUCAGCAGGGAUGGGGGAUUGCUGCAGUCACAAAAAUUGGCCAAUCUCCUAGUAGUCAGUUGCUGUCACAUAAUUUGCCCCAGUAGUACCAGCCCACCUGUAUACAGUCUGUGGAAGGGUUUGACAUGAAUAUGUGGUGUAUAAUGCAUGUGCAGAGUAGGACAAGACUGUGUACUUUUGCAUGUACUUUUUACUUAUGAAGUGCAAACUGCAUAUAAAUCACAAUGCUUAUGUGCUCAAGACUUGGAUUUCAAGAAAUUCUCCUGAAAAAUAAAACUCAAGAAGUGAAUUUUUUGAGAUCUGUUUUGGGAACACAUGAUAAUAUGAUAAUAUUAUAGGCAACCUAUUCAUAUUCUGUCAUAGAUGAAGUCUCCAGUUAAGGUAGUUUAUUUGUAUUUCCAUCUGCUCAGUUGUGUUGCAGAGUCAUGUAUGUGUUGUAGUAAGAAGGAACCCAGAAGGAAACUAAUGAUAGUCUUUAGAAAUGCAUUAUCAUCAACCUCCUGCACAGACAUAUUUUUACUGGAUCCUGGUUUGCUUUUACAUAUCCUCACUGCUGCUAACAGCUCAGUGUACCCCAUUACCCCUUUUAUUUUUUAAAUACGAGCACUCUGUUUAGAGUAAAAUGUCAUUUGUUUGAGUCACUUGAUUUGACUUAAAGUAAAUGUCUUGUUAUUGAACUGAAUCCAAGAGCUGAAAACUCCACCUCAUAGAGUUGGAUGCUGAGAUGGUUUCCUAACUCUCUGUACAUGCCUUAGAAGUGACAUUGACUCAAUUGACUCUUAAAUUUCAGACAGAGCAGCUGGCAUUAUGGGUUUCUUUUUUGCUUUGUAAAGGUUCAGGGGCACAGUCCACCCCUUACCAUAUGUAUGUACUUCUUGGGGUUUUGUGUAUUACCAAUCCCCCUGAUUGUCAUUUGAACAUCUGUGUUAAUUCUGUUGGUUUCUCAUCAUGCUGAAAUCCCUGCAGCUGCUGUUUUUUUCUCACAACACCUGGAUUCUGUUGGAUCAUUUUGAACCUUGUUCCAGUGUGUCUCUUCAGGAAUAUCUCUACAGGUUACUGACCAGCAGUACAGUAAGUAAGGUCCUGUGCUAUAACUGGAACAAAAAUAAAUCAUCAGCUUUAAUUGCCUUAA